CGAUUGCUUCGGCCUGUUUUUCGCCGAUUCCUCGAUGGUGAACUACAACUGGAACGGAAUUUCCAGCCAUCGGUUCCCGAAGCGAGCCAUGAAAACCUACAGUAUUUUCACCGAUUGUUUCCAAGAUGCCUGGCCCGGGCUGGGACUGACUACGGACGUGCUGGCAUUUAAGCUGAAGAGAACAGUGGAGAAGAUCAACAAUCGGCGCAACGUACAGCACUCAAAAAGGCGCCGCAAGGCGCGAAUGAUCAAGAUCGUUGAGAUUGAAUGAUAUGUGCCAGUUUUCUUUUAAUAAACUUGACGAAAAAGUCAUUUCCCAACUAAAAUGUUUUUAAAAAAAGUCAAAAUCCGUUUUUAAAAUGUUAACUAGUCUAGUACUUCACCUAAUAUCAAACUUCUUUAAUUCCAGAACGAGCCAAACUUUCUCCAUCUUUCAAAUUAAUCCACGAGCAAGAAGACGACAACCGGCUACUCAUUACGAACUUCAAGUUUCCCAUCUCGGAUCCGGACACGCUGGAGGACUUGGAGUAUGCCGUGCGCCACGAUCCCAAAACAAGGAAGAAAUAUAUAAACUUUCUGCGCAGAAUCAAAGCUCCAGACGAGCAUCUCAGUGGUGGCGAUGUAUUUCGUCGCAUUUGCGCCGACAGCGCCAUCUUUCUGCACUUUUGCUUCUCGACCACCAAGUUUGACGCGGCCGGCCGCAAGCGGAAAGCGCUGAAAGACUUUGCCAUCUUCGGGGUGUGCAUGCUGGAGGCCUGGCCGGAUCAUGUGGACAUUGGGGCGCACAGCCUGGGCACGACCAUGAAGCAGCUGAUUAAACGGAUGAACGUGCGGAACUACGUUCGACUAGGGCGGAGCCAAAAACCGUGACAAGUGUGAUGAUAAUUAUUGACAAAUUGACGUUUCGCGUUUCGAGUACAAAUUGACAAACUAAAUAUAUUUUUUCAAUCCAUACUUUGAACUUAAACUUUUCUUCAAAAAGAAGUACUAGAUUUUCCAAUUUUUCUAACAUCUAAUCUUUUUCAGUGCUGACAAGACAACGCACCAUCUUAACGUUGCAACCGGCAUUCUCCCGGAAGCAGCCAGCAAAGCAUCUCUCCGUGAGGCGUCACAUUCUGUCGGAAACCGAAGCUGCGGCAGCUGCCGCCGCCACUUCUAGUACUGCAUCCGCGGGAAGCACCCUAGAUGAACUCUUCGACUUUCCACUGCAAACAGCGGCCGAAAUGGAACGUCUGGAAGCGACUGUUCGAAGAAAUGCUAGCGUGUGGAGGCAGUUCGUUAUAUAUCUGAAAACUAAAUUGGAGGAAUGGAACAACAGUUUGGCGCACGUCAUCAAGCUCACCUUCACGGACGACGUUUUUCUGCUCUAUAGCUACACCAGUUUGCUCUCAGAAAAACCUCUGCUGCGAAAUUAUGCCAUUUUUAGUAACUGCAUAAGGGAAGCUUGUCCCGGCAUGACGCGCAGCAUGCUCACCGCAAGUUUGUCCGAAAUCAUUUUGAAGAGCAAAGAUCGAUGCUUUCGCCGGCAGCUGGAAUCGCAGAAAGAGAGAAAUUUUAUCUGAUUUUUUUGUAAUAAAAUUUAUGACAUUAUUGUUUUUAUUCCCUAAAAAAACAUUGUUUAAUUUCUAAAUGUCUAAUCUCGAUUUUUCACAGAAAUGCCUAACAAAAGUUCUCCUUAAUUUUCCAGCUUCCUCGUUCCGAUACAUCCCGCGACUUCCGCCACCGCCGCCAGGUGUCCGCCGAACCACUACCAAGCUGUCUGCGCUCAGUUCAACGCGCAGUGGCGGAGUCGAUGGCUUUUCUUUUCCCCUAUCUACGGCGGACGAGAUCGAGUGUCUGGAAGCGGCCGUGCGGCAAAGCCAGCGCAUUUGGGAACAAUAUGUCCAAUUCCUGCGCAACCAGAAAACCACCGCGAUGGACAUCGCCGGCGUGAUGAAGUUGCUCUUCCAGGACGAAGCCCUGGACGGGUACAAUUUCAACGGAAUACAGGGUCGCCAGCGGCAGAAGCGUCCGCUGCGGAUGUACGCGAUCUUUGUCGAUUGUAUGCUCGAGGCUUGGCAAGAGCAGGACAUUGACGGUCCCCAGCUGCAGAAGGGCAUUACGGUGGCCAUUACGGCGUCCAAGAGUCGCCAGCGGGUGAAACGAUGCCGCGAGAACAAGAGAUAUCGAGCGCAGCUGGAGCAGGAACAGCAGGUGGACGUUUUGUUGUAAAAAGUGAGGUACUAGAAUGGAUGAAUAAAAUAAGUGGUUUGGCCAGAGCUUGGAAUGGAUCAGCUGUGCGCAGUAGUAGACGAUGCCGUACGGAGAACGAAGUACAGAUACAAAAAAAGUAUCUACCGAGCUAAGAAGGCACUCGAAGAGUGGAAUAAUACGCUGAUGAAUAUGGCCCAGUCGGAUCUACCACCGACGCAAUUUAGUUGAAAUAGUGUUAAAUAAAUCGCAAUAGUUUAUUUUAA